CUCUCUCUCUGUCGGUAGGUACUUCACUGAGUGUUUUUUCUUGCACUUCUCUUUCGUCUCCCGGUGCCGAGUCCCUCUCUUUGUAAAUCCUUUCGAGCUCGUGGGACCGCGGGAAAUCGCGCUCGGCUGGGAGAUGGCGAUGAAGCGUGCUGGUGUGUCCGCCAUGGGAGCUCUGCGUUCGUCUCCGAAUUUGUCCAGACAUGCCCAUUCUACUGCUGGAAGCAAAAAGAUUGUGGGUGUGUUCUACAAGGCCAAUGAAUAUGCUGAGUUGAAUCCCAAUUUCGUGGGCUGUGUCGAGAGAGGUUUGGGCAUACGCGACUGGCUGGAAUCACAAGGCCAUCAGUACAUAGUCACAGAUGACAAGGAGGGACCAGACUGCGAACUUGAAAAGCAUAUUCCCGAUCUUCAUGUCCUCAUAACAACCCCCUUUCACCCUGCCUAUGUUACUGCGGAAAGAAUCAAGAGGGCGAAGAAUUUGCAGCUUCUUCUCACUGCUGGGAUCGGUUCCGACCACAUUGAUUUGAAGGCUGCAGCUGAAGCAGGGUUGACGGUUGCGGAAGUCACCGGAAGCAAUGUUGUUUCGGUUGCAGAGGAUGAGCUCAUGAGAAUCCUCAUCCUGGUAAGGAACUUUUUGCCUGGACAUCAUCAGGUCAUUAAAGGGGACUGGAAUGUGGCUGGUAUAGCAUACAGAGCUUAUGAUCUUGAAGGCAAAACUGUCGGGACUGUUGGUGCGGGACGAAUUGGCAAGCUUUUGCUACAGAGAUUGAAGCCUUUUAACUGCAAUCUCCUCUAUCAUGACCGCUUGAAAAUGGACCCAGAAAUGGAGAAGCAGACUGGUGCCAAAUUUGAGGAGGACCUUGAUGUGAUGCUUCAGAAAUGUGACAUAAUUGUGGUCAACACCCCUCUAACUGAGAAAACAAGAGGAAUGUUUGACAAAGAGAGGAUUUCCAAGUUGAAGAAGGGUGUCCUUAUUGUCAACAAUGCUAGAGGAGCAAUCAUGGAUACACAAGCAGUUGCCGAUGCUUGCUCCAGCGGACAUAUCGGAGGUUAUAGUGGGGAUGUUUGGUUCCCGCAACCAGCACCCAAGGACCACCCCUGGCGUUACAUGCCGAACCAGGCCAUGACACCCCAUAUUUCGGGCACAACUAUAGAUGCGCAGUUGCGAUACGCAGCGGGAACCAAAGACAUGCUGGACAGGUAUUUCAGGGGAGAGGAAUUCCCUCUCCAGAAUUACAUUGUCAGGGAGGGAGAACUGGCCCCUCAGUACCGGUGAUUUCCCAGCUCCUCGGCUCCCGCAGUUUCCAUGUUCAAGUUUUCGCAUUGUCGAGCUUAUAUCAAGUUGCGGGAUCUUGAAUUAGUCUAACGAUGCUGCUCUUUCAACUCGCAUCUUAAACUGUGUGUCUUCAGCUUGUGCUGUAUGAAAAGAUGAUGCAGGAGCUUCAAUAAGUGUAAUAAAUGCUGGUCUUACAAUGCA